AUGCAUAACAAAUCUGCGUUAGCAAAGUCAGUGCUCACUGGAGGUUUUUGUUUAGAAACGAAAACUCUUAUAACAUUCAUAGGAAUGUUAUUGGGAAAAAAUAAAGUAGAAUAUAUUAAACGAGAUGAAAUUAAUGAUGAUGUUUGUUCUAAACUAAAUUUUUCAACUGUUUUAAGUGGUGCAAAAUUAUUUGGAUUUUAUGACCCGCUAAAACCAUUAGAAAAUAAUUCUUCAGUGAUAUUACUUUCAAUUACAUCAACAGAUCUUUAUUUUGAUAGAUCUCUAAAUCUAAUAACAGAAAAUGUCAAAACAUAUGGACUUGAUGGUGCUCCUCAAAAUGGUUAUAAUGUUUCUUUCGAUAGUUUAUUUAAGCAACUUAAAGAACCUAAAACAAAAUUUAAAAAAAUUGAUUUGGAAUUGGAUUGA